AUGGCUGUGCUGACACCGACGGAGACUGACUGCUUACUGCUCGAACUGGAACCGCUUGUGGACACUGCGGCGAAGAAGGAAUGCCUCGGUGUGAGGCAGUUCACACGAUUAUUCACUGAAGAUAAACAGCUUGCAGAACUGUUUCACUCUGCCGGAAUAAAAGACAUUAAUACUGUCCUCCGCUCUGAUGCCGUAAGAGACAACGGACUUAAAGCGAUUGAGAAUUUUUUGAAACUUAUUAGUGUGGCUUCUGACGCUGAGAAGCUCGCUGAAUACCUUGAAGAGCGUGCCAAAUCUGUUGCUAGUCAAAACGUUACAAAGGAAAUAUGUUUGGCAGCGGAACCAAUCAUCAUUGAUUUCUACAAAGGACUUGUGAAAAGCAAUGAGAGCCAAGCUGCAAUUGAGAAGUUGUUGAAGCACACGUAUAAAAUACUUCUCAGCUCUAUGGAAUGA